AUGAGGCCCAAUCGACAAUGCUUGCUCGGAGCGCACAAGUCCCUGCUGUGGCCCCGUCUCCACGCAUUUGAAGCGUUGAUCUAUGAGAAGCUCCCAGCCGAUAUUGCUAGUCGCCAUGUGUUGUUGCUUGACCCAGUUCUAGCAUCAGGAAACUCUGCGGUUAAAGCUAUUUCUCUGCUGCUCAGCAAGGGUGUACCAGAAUCGAAUAUCAUCUUCCUUAAUCUAAUAGCAGUAAGUCAUUCUAGUUUAUACUCUGUCGCAGAGGUAUCAUUCUUGUCCUGCUUAUGGAAUUCUUCUUUCGAGAUACAGGCUCCUGAAGGGAUACAUGCCGUUUGUAAAAUGUUCCCAAGGUUAAAGAUUGUGACAUCGGAGAUUGAUGUGUCACUAAACAAGGAUCUACGUGUGCUCCCAGGCAUGGGGGAGUUUGGAGACCGCUACUUUGGUACUGAUAAUGGUUGUGCUACCUUGAAGCACCAACCUAAGGACACCUGA